AUGGACGAUCAUCGUAGUAGAACCAUCGACGAUAUCCUACUCGACCAAGCAGAAAAAUGUGACAAUUCUGGAAUGGGGAUCUCCUGCGAAAUUCAUUAUUUUCAAGGGCGAUCCCAACCCCAUGGCGAUCCCCUGGAUGUAGCAUUUAACGUAAAAUGGAAACCACGAGCGGCCGGCUCAUUGAGAUGUUAUGGCCUGUUUUCGGGCUUUAAUGGGUCGGCCAGACACGCAAUAACUGCCGCUAAUUCGAUGUUCUACCAGUUAGCGUUAAACAAUGAGUCUUCAAUUAGUGCUGAUGAUGAUGACGAAACGAUAUUUAGUUACCUGGAAGAUGCGUUUGAUGCAGCAAAACGAGACGUUAAUCAUGAUAUAAAAAAUAAACAAAGUCAGAAGAAGAUUUUGGAGAUAAGUCAGGAAGGGCAACAAUCGGAAUAUAAGGAAAAGAUCGACGAAUUGGACAUAGAUAUAAAAGCAGGAACAACAGUAUUAACAGCCCUAAUAAUAGAGCGUCGAUUAUAUGUGUUAAACUGUGGAAAUUCGAGAUUGCUUUUAGUCACCUCUGAAAACAACAAGCCAUGUUGUGAUGCUCUUAUCGAUGUGCACGAUUUCAAAAAUAAGAUGGAUGCCACUCGAGUAACAAACGCUGGGCUAGAAAUUACACAUGAAAUGCACAACAUGUCUAGCCGUGGCAUCGGCGACCCACAACAUCAGAAAGAUUUUGCGGAGCCGGGCAACGGCUAUUUGACGCAAGAACCUGAUGUGUUUCAAUAUAAAAUUGAACCAAACUGGCAAUACCUAAUUUUAUUAUCAACUGGUGUUGUAAAGUGCGUGAAAGAAUGUAUGCAAAGACGGGAAGAGCGCGAAAUUUCCGAGCGUGAAGUAAACAAUCAAAUAAUGGAAUAUGUUCUUCACGAAACGAAAAACUCGUUUUCCCACUCCUAUACUUCUAAGGCUCAAGCAACCGUCGAUUUGAUAGGGCGGAUACAUUUUGAAUCAUUUAACAGGGGCGAACUAAGGACCCGGGUGCGCGAUGGAAUGUCUUUAAUAUUAGUGGAUCUAACGAAUCCUACAGCUACAGAAUAUCCCGUAUCACAACUAGAAACACAGCUAUCCCUCCAGGAAAUACAAAGUGAAAUAUUACCAUAUGCUGACAUGAAUGAUUUUGAAUCACGGGUAACAGAAGAUUCAAUCCAAGAACUACUUGAUCUAAACCUUUUUGAACGUUCCGAUUUGUUGCCA